AUGUUAACUACCACCAGCAAUAAUUCAAAUAACGGUGACAAUGCUACCUAUUCUCCACUAAACCUCGAUGUAAAAACGCUUACAAGCUUUGACUUGGAUAAAACAUUAGAGCAAGACAACGAAAAUGUGGUAACAAAGUUAUUUCAACGAGUAAAGAAUUCGUUUAAUGCUGUCUCGGCAGCCACAACAACUACAACAACCAGUAUUAGUAAUUCAGGUUCGGAACCUUCACGUCCACCCUCUGCCCUCUUAAAAGAUAAAGAAAAAAAAGGCUUCAUACAUGGCGGCGUAACACCUGCGCCGCCCGUCGUUUCAUUAGCGCCCGCAUUCGGUAACUCGCCAAAUUUAUUAAUUGAAUCAGAAAGAGGUGCGCAAGAAACUCAUGCGUUCCUUAAUAGUGAAUCUGGUGUUGGUGGGAAUGGGUAUGGAAUUACUGAUAAUAUGGCUCAACAACGACCAGCUCCCUCCUCCCCCUUUUCUUCCUCUUUGACGUUAUAUGAUCCACUCGCUCCAACAACUAAUAGUAAUAGCAAUAACAAUACACUAUAUUCUUACAAGGACGUGUCUGACACCAAAUCUAUUAGGUCGUCGGCAAUCGGCCCGGCUUCUUCGAUAGGGAACACUAAUUCGCUAAAGAAGGUUAUUCGAAGGUUGCGUGGUGAAGGACUUAAUCAGAUUUAUUGGAUGUCGGAUGAUAUAUGUCAAGAGUGCUAUGAUUGCCAAGCGACAUUUACCACGUUUCGUAGAAAGCAUCAUUGCCGUGCUUGCGGUCAGAUUUUUUGCAAGAAAUGUGCCCAACAUCUUAUUCCCGGUGAGAAGUAUAAACUCGACGGACCUAUGCGAGUAUGUAACUUUUGUAUGAAACUGAUGCAAGAAUACGGUGACGAAUCAGAUAGCGAUCUGGAACACGCAUUAAAUCAAAGGCAUGAAUUCUCAACCGCUCCCCUUCCAAGACAAAUUCCUUCGUCGUCUACGAUCCGUGGGAACAAUUAUUACCGGCCACCAACAAUAGACCACGGAUUUUCAUUAACGCCGCCUGUUCCCCAUGUCGCGCAAAAUUGGCAACCGCGAGCACCAUCGCCCGACACACUUUCAAUAAAUGAUGGCAUCAAAAAAAUGCUAUCAGCCGGUUCUUCGUUGUUCGUUAAUCGAUCACGAUCAAAUACAAUCACCGAAGAACCAGUAUUAUCUUCAUCUCCUGCCCCUUUUAGACGCAGUCUAACAGAAGCGGACAAAACAACUCCCGCAGUGAAUCCUGAAGCUGUUCUUGAUCCUGAAAUUGCCCCGUUUAUGAGCGAUGAAGACCAGGAGGGACAUUACGAUACUUGGUCGAAUCCGUCAAAUGUACUGAAUUUCUUGUCGACCAUGCAUCCUAAUGAUGGUGGUGGUGAAUCAGCAGCACCGACGCCAGCCGUUUCUGAAUAUGCUGGCAGUGACGAGGAUUCAUGGGAUUAUAAUACAAAGACGCAACAGAAAAUACUUCAGAAGGGAGUACGAAAUGAAGAAAUUCGGAGUCAUUUUGGUCGCGAACGAACAGCCAGUACUCGUCGACGUAGUAUUAAUGGUGUUAGGCCACCUGCAAAUCGACAUCCUAAAAGGGGAUAUAUGCGGCAAAUUAACACGGGUCCUGGCCAGCCAGAAAUCGCUAUAAGUUGUUCGCCAAUAGAGCGGCCAUCUUCACCAUAUUAUGCUCGUCAUCAUCGUUCUUCUUCUCAGCCAAUAAAAAUAGAAAUUAAUCCAAGCUUUUUAACGCACAUGAGACGACUAUUGCGUCAAGCGCUUCAGGAAGCGGAAAUUAAUUUAUCUGAAGGAUGGGAAGAAGUAAUCAUGAAAUUAAUGCAUAAAGUAUCCGAGAAUCUCAAUCCCGAUAUCAGGAAUGGUGAUGAAAUUGAUAUACGGCACUACGUAAAAAUAAAAAAAAUUCCUGGUGGUACACCACAAGAUUCUCAAUAUGUCACCGGUGUUGUCUGCACAAAAAAAUUGGCCGAUAAAAAAAUGGCACGUGCACUUACUAGCCCGCGUGUUUUGAUCUUAACGUUUCCGUUGGAAUAUCAGCGAGUGGAAAAUCAGUUCAUCUCCCUAGAACCAGUGAUAGCGCAAGAGAAAAAACAUUUAGAGAAUUUGAUACAACGCAUUGCUGACCUUCGACCAAAUAUAGUAUUAGUAGAAAAAACAGUCGCACGAAAAGCGUUAGAAUUUCUAAUAGAACAUAAAUUAACAGUUGCAAUAAAUGUCAAAACAUCCGUCAUCGAAGCGGUUGCUCGAUGUACACGUGCAGAUAUAUUACCAUCGAUGGAUAAAUUUGGGUUGAAUCCAAAGUUGGGAAAAUGUGGUGAAUUUUACGUGAAAACAUUUGAACAUCAAUUGAUUCCUGGUAGACGAAAAUCAUACUUGUUUUUCGAGAAUUGUCCCAAAGAGUUGGGAUGUACUAUUGUUUUGCGAGGUGGUGAUAUUGAAACCCUUGAAAAAAUAAAACAAGUUACAGACUUGAUGGUGUUUGUUGUCUACAAUUUGAAAUUGGAAAGUGCUCUCAUGAAUAACCAAUCAGCAAGAGUUCCUUCGCAUCGUAUGGAUGAUGUGUGGGAAGCAAAAAGAAAUGAAUAUUUUAACGGUGUGAACGCUAUAGAAGAUAAAGUAUCAGAAGCUCUUCAUCGAUAUGAAUCAAAAAUUCUCUCUGUUUCACCUUUCAUCAAAUUUCCUGCACCUUAUUUAUUAGUAAAAAUGGCACAAACUGAACGUAAAUUGGCCGAGUUGACAUCACGAAAAGAUCCUGAACAGGUGAUUGCAGAUGUAGAAUUGGCCGAUAUAGUCAAUGAACGGGACCAAUUAACACGCACUUGGGAAAGUCACCUUCUAAUGAAUAACGACGCUAGUCCAUUUGCGCAUCAAAAUAUUGUUGUCUUGUAUUCGAACGUUUGUACAGUGACGCAGGCUCCUUGUCAAGGACCAGAAGUUCAUAUAAUAGAAUAUUAUAGUGAAUCCGAUCGUACUCUAGGACAAUACCUCGAGGAAAUGUGUUAUGAUUCUAGUUACCUCUGUCCAGCUAAAACGUGUGAUCGACCGCUUUUGAUGCAUUAUAAAAGCUAUUGUCAUGGAAAUGCGCGAAUAAGCGUUGUAAUUGAGCAAUACGAGUGUCCUCGCCCCGGUAUGGAGAACACAAUCCUCAUGUGGAGCUACUGCACAAAAUGUCAACGAGCAACCCCGAUGGUACAAAUGUCGGAAGACACAUGGAAAUAUUCAUUCGGUAAAUAUCUUGAACAAUCAUUCUACCAAACUGAACUUCGUCGUGUAGAGAUCUGUCCACACGCAUUUUAUCGCGAUCAUGCUCAUUACUUCAGCCUAAAGAAUCUCGCGGUUCGUUUUGAAUAUCAGCCUAUAUGUUUGAUGGAGGUGUCAGUGCCACCGAUGAUUCUACGCACAAAACCAGAAGUGGCCAUUCGCUUAAAAAAUCAAGACUACGAGUCGUAUAAGUCAAAAAUUACAAAAUAUUUGGAAUCUGUUGCGGAGCGAAUAAAAACCUUUGAUUAUGGGAUUGUUCAACCUGAUAAACUUGAAAAUUGUAAGCAGGAAUUGCACGAUAUGUCGAGUAAAGUUGCCAGCGAAUUGAAUUACAUGCUUCAGCAACUUAAUCAUACAUAUGUAAACAGCUCUCCCGAUGAUACUUUGGCGCUGAAUCAAGUUUUGGUAGAUUUACAAGAAAAAGUCGCACACUGGGAGCAAGUAUUCAAUGAGUUUGCCAGACAAUACUUCCCAACACGUUUGACUGCCAAGCAACUGAAAAAAAUGCUGAAUUUAGAUAGCAAUUACCCAAUUUCGAUAACUCGAGGAUCUCCUAUAAAAGAAUUGCCUUUAGCUAAAUUAGAGGAGAUUUUUAUGGAAACUACUAAAAUUGCACCAACUUCAAACAAAGAAAAUCAACCGCAAAUUGAAUCACUGGUACUUAAUGCAGUAAAUGAAAAAGAACUUCCUCGAACAGAUAUUAAAGAAAAAGAAUUGAUUCAACCAACUGUAAAAGCCACUUCCAAUCAAUCCAAUACUAAUAUAAUAGAUCCAAAGAAUUCACAGAAACCCCAAUUAUCUUCGCGUACUGUCUCUGAAUCUAAAAUCCACCCCAUCCUGAACCCUAGCCAAGAUCAACAAUCUGAACUCAUUAAAGAUUCAGAAGAAAUUAACAAGUCAGCCCCAAAUUUUCCUAAAAGAAAGCCUGCAUCAAAUAAGUCCGCAGAUGAUGGUGGUACUACAAAGAUUAAUUCGGUAGAAAAUAAUCGAACCGCUGAUUCAUCCGUUGAUAAUUCCAGGGAAAUGUUGCUUUCAUCAGCAGCAGCGUCAACAAGUAACGUUUUCAUGUCGAACUUGAAUACACGUGUUAGUGUUUUGACGCUUGAUUUGGAAAAAGAAAAAGCAAAAGGGGAGAAUUCACAGGAACGCCCUGCGAGUAAAGGAAAAAGAAGCAAGAAAAGUGAAUCCGAAUCAUCUGAAAGACCUCCAAACUCUCGUCAUAAUGAAAAACCUACGCGUAUUGCACGAAUACAAGAUUUUCGUAGAUCUUCUGCUCGUACAUUUGCGGAGAUAAAUAAUAAAUUAAAAAAUGGCCGACUUACUUCUAAGCCGAAGCUCGAAGUUUUUAGUAAUGUUAAAGAAGCAGGAUUACCUAUCCCUAUGAAUAAAACAGAAACUUACGACCAAACGGAAGCAAAACCUGAAUAUCCAUCAAUAGGUCAUGAACCUUCCGACGAAUCUUAUGUCUAUGAAUCGGCAAUUUCGUAUUUGCCUCCAGAUGAUCAAGAUGGACUUUUAACACCUGAAUCAGACAAUUAUCAAAACGCUUCAUCGAGGGAUCAGGAAAGCGUAAAAGAAAAUAGUGUUUUUCCUCCAAUAGUAAGAUCCUUGACUAACUUGUGGGCAGAUCGAAACGCUGCUAAUCUCAAACCUUUGGAAUAUCCUUUGCAUUCGACAGAGCAUGUUUUUGCCGAUUCUAAUAUAAUUGUUCGAGAAGAUGAACCAAGUUCUAUAAUAGCAUUUACUCUUAGUUCAAAAGACUACCUCAACAAAUUACAACUAGAACAACAAACACAUCCAUCUGCAACAGUUACCGAAGUCUUCGUACCUGAAAACGAAGGGCAUCCUGGAACCAAUGGCUCUAAUUGGGAUAUGGUUGAUAUGGAGGAUGGCCCAGAAAAUAUUAAGGAUGCGUUGCUUCGGGAAACAGGAAUGCACAUGAAAUAUCAAUUUUCUGAAGGCUCUAGCCAGUUGUUUUGUAAGAUAUUUUUUGCAGAACAAUUUGAUGCCCUCAGACGUAAUUGCGGAUGCGAAAGUACAUACAUACAAUCAUUAGCUAGAUGUGUAAAAUGGGAUUCAACUGGGGGAAAAUCUGGAUCAGCAUUCUUGAAAACGAGAGAUGACCGUUUGGUUAUGAAACAAAUGUCUCGUUUGGAAAUGGAUGCAUUCUUAAAAUUUGCACCAGCAUAUUUCGAAUAUAUGUCAAAAGCAUUUUUCCACGAGCUUCCCACUGUGCUUGCUAAAAUCUUUGGGUUCUAUCGAAUUGGAUACAAGAAUGAACAAUACGGGAAAAAUAUGAAGAUUGACGUUAUCGUCAUGGAAAAUUUGUUUUAUGAGCGUAAAAUCUCAAAAAUUUUCGACCUCAAAGGGUCAAUGAGAAAUCGUCAUGUUCGAAGUACUGGCAAAGAAAAUGAAGUUUUACUAGACGAAAAUUUACUUGAACUUCUCCACGAUAAGCCUCUAUAUUUACGGGAACAUUCGAAAAGAAUUCUUCGUGCCUCGUUAUGGAAUGACACGUUGUUCCUUGGAAAACUGAAUGUCAUGGACUACUCUUUAUUGGUGGGAAUUGACGAGGGUAAACAGGAAUUAGUCGUUGAUUUUAUACGUACUUUUACAUGGGAUAAAAAACUUGAAAGUUGGGUGAAAGAAACGGGGAUUCUUGGUGGUGGCGGUAAAGAGCCGACUAUCGUCUCUCCGCGUCAAUAUAAACAUCGAUUUAGAGAAGCAAUGGAUCGCUAUUUCUUGAUGGUUCCUGAUAUUUGGAGCACACAUCGAAAAACGCGACCUGGUCCUAUUCAGCCAAAAGAUUAA